AUGAUAUCUUAUGGUCGACCAUCAAAUAGUCCAGAACAACUCAUGUCUAUGAUUUUUUCACCUGGUAAUACGGAUGGUAACAGUGUCAUAGCUCCAUCAAAUAGUCCAAAUCGAUUAAUACAUGUUAUUGAAAAUAUUAUUAGAUAUGUUUCAUCAAUAAAAUCAAGUGAAAAUUUUAUUGAAAAUGUUGUCAAUCGUCACAAAGAACCAGCUGACAGAAUGAAAGUUCUUACAUUUUUAAAUAAAUGUUUUGAACUUAUUCGUAAUGUUAUUCAACGUGAAAUUAAUUAUAUGUUAGAAAUGUCUGAAAUACAAAACAAAUCUUCACAUUCACAAUCACCAUUUACAUUAGAAGAAUUAAAACAAGCUCAAAGAAAAACGGAUGAUCUAUUAGCUAGUAUUGAAAAGCAAAUGGAGUCAUUGAAAACUUGGAUACCACCAACAAUGCCUUUUCUUGGCUUUUUCUAA